GGACUCAACACCGACAACCCGACCCACAAUCAUAUCCUUUCCAUUACUGUUUUCCUCCUAUCAACUAUGGUUUACAGAUCCGAUCUCAGAACACGUUUCCUUAAACCCAAAAUUUCCCCCUUCAUUGGAAUCUUCUUGUUAUUGUUAGUGUAAAACUACAUAAACAAGCUCUUUUGUUCAUGAUCUUCAGUAUUACCAGCAACAAUGUCAUCCUUCUUGCACCAACGACCCAUCCAGAAUCCAUUCUCGAACGCCUACCCAGUCUCCCCACGUUCUUCAUCAACCUCGCAAAGACCCAUUUCGAUCUUCAGUCCAACAGGCCUAAUUAUCCUCCUCUCCCUCAUGGUAAUCCUCGGAGUGUUCGUUCCUUGGUCUGGCAUGCCCGUAGCCACCUUCUCUAACUCUAAAAAGGCAUCUUCUUCCCUUUCCAAAUGGCGUGACUACACUUUGGCCGAAGCCGCUUCCUUCGUCGCCAAAAAUGGUACCCUAAUCGUUUGCGCCGUGAGUCAACCUUACUUGCCUUUCCUCAAUAAUUGGCUGAUUAGUAUUACCAGACAAAAGCACCAAGAGAAAGUCCUUGUGAUAGCUGAGGAUUACGCUACUCUUUAUAAAGUUAAUGAAAAAUGGCCUGGCCAUGCCGUCCUUGUCCCUCCCGCAAUUGAUUCACAAACUGCCCAUAAAUUUGGCUCUCAGGGAUUCUUCAAUUUUACUUCCAGGAGGCCUCAACAUUUGUUGAAAAUUUUGGAGCUUGGCUACAAUGUUAUGUAUAACGAUGUUGAUAUGGUGUGGUUGAGAGAUCCCUUUCCUUAUUUGGAAGGAAACCAUGAUGUUUACUUCACUGAUGACAUGGCUGCUGUGAAGGCUUUGAACCAUUCCCAUGAUUUGCCACCUCCGGGGAAAAAGGGUCGCACUUAUAUUUGUAGUUGCAUGAUUUUUCUGCGUCCCAAAGAUGGAGCUAAACUAGUAAUGAAGAAAUGGAUAGAAGAACUUCAAGCUCAGCCAUGGUCGAAAGCAAAGAAAGCAAAUGAUCAGCCUGCUUUUAACUGGGCUCUAAACAAAACUGCUGGUUUGGUGGAUCUCUACCUGCUUCCUCAGGCAGCAUUCCCAACAGGAGGAUUAUACUUCAAGAACCAGACAUGGGUGCAGCAAACCAAGGGAAUGCACGUCAUAAUUCAUAAUAAUUACAUCAUCGGCUUUGAAAAGAAGAUCAAGCGCUUCCAAGAUUAUGGCCUUUGGUUGGUUGAUGAUCAUGCCCUUGACUCCCCUCUAGGCAGAUUAUGAAAAAGCUGGAAUACCAUCUGAUUGCGUUCUGCAUAACCAAUUACAUCCUCAGAAACCGUCCUAAGAGGUGGAACAUCCAGUUUGAUAAUCUUCUUCACAAAACCGUCUGCUUCGAUGCUCUCAGAUAGGCAUUGAUCAUUAGCAGAAGACACUGCAGAUGGAUGUGGACCUUUAGCAGCUAAGAAUGCUCAGUUCUUCAGCAAAAUUUUUAAAUUUAAAUAGUGUUCAAACAGGGCAAAGUCCAAAUAUUCUGUUGAAAUUCACUCUAAACUUUUGUUUCCAGAAAAGACUUGAUCAAUCAAUCAAAUUUUUGUCACAA